UGCAACACCACGUACGAAUUGAUUGCUUAGUUCUUCAAAUUGAUUGAGUUCAAAGAGAGAGAGAGAGAGAGAAAUAGAAAAAAGCAGCUACUUGUGAAGUGAUUGAGAGCUUGAGUUCGGAGAUUCCAUGGCUUCCUCUAAUGGUGGAGUGCCGCCGGGGUUUAGGUUUCAUCCAACGGACGAGGAGCUUCUUCAUUACUACUUGAAGAAGAAGGUCUCGUUUCAGAAGUUUGACAUGGAUGUUAUUCGAGAGGUCGACUUGAACAAGAUGGAGCCUUGGGAUUUGCAAGAAAGAUGUAGAAUUGGAUCAACUCCACAAAACGAGUGGUAUUUCUUCAGUCACAAGGAUCGAAAGUACCCUACAGGUUCAAGGACUAAUAGAGCAACGAAUGCAGGGUUCUGGAAAGCAACAGGGAGAGACAAGUGCAUCAGGAACAGCUACAAGAAGAUUGGAAUGAGAAAAACCCUUGUGUUUUACAAAGGAAGAGCUCCUCAUGGACAAAAGACCGAUUGGAUCAUGCAUGAGUACCGUCUAGAAGAAGCCAAUGACCCUCAAGGAAGCGCCAAUGAAGAUGGGUGGGUGGUGUGCAGAGUGUUCAAGAAGAAGAAUUUAUUCAAGAUUGGAAAUGAAGGUGGGUCUACACAUAACCCAGAUCAACAAAUGAACAAUUCCUCAAGCAGUAACGGACGCUCCUUCAUACAUAGAGAAAACCAUUACUUGCUACACCAAAAUCAUAGGAACUCACCUGGGCUUGAGCUUGAUAAGCCCGAGCUCGCUCUCCAUUACCCACACUUGCAAAAUCCCCAGUACUCAUCACUGUUCCAAUCCCAAACCCUUCUUCAAACCCAGAAACCUAUGGUUUUUGACUACUCCUAUGCAUCAUCUCUACCUUCAGAAACCCCUGUAAUGGCAAAGCAACUGAUGGGAAACCCUAGGGAGUGUGAGAGUGGCAGCGAGGGCCUGAGAUAUCAAGUUUCGGAGUCUGGAAUUGAGGUUGGAUCGUGUGAGCCAAACCAAGAAAUGGGUGGUGGAAGAGGUGAAGGAAUAAACGAAUGGGGCGUUCUUGAUAGGCUUGUUACCUCUCAUCUUGGGAAUGAAGAAUCAAACAAAGGACUGAGAUUUGAGGAGCCAAAUCCUCAGUCUGUGCAUCAGAUCAACCAGCUUUCGUUGCGGGGAGAAAUGGAUUUCUGGGCCUAUGGAGGAAAACAAUGACUUCAUUUUCUUACACUCAGAUCAACCAAACAGAUUCAAGUGAUGCUAUAGGUUGGAGAUUAUUAAUUAGAUGCCUCUAACCAUUUUAAAAUAUGGAUCAAGAAGACACUAUUUAUAUUUAUUCUCAUAUAUAUAUAUACU